AUGACCGCCAGGGUGACUGUAAUUGCAACCGAUUUAUCCGAAGAAAUGCAAGAAGUGGUGUUGGAUUCUAUCCAGGAAGUUGCAUAUAUUUCAAAAUCCACGGAAAGAAAAAAAGCAUUACUUGAAGAGCGGUUGCGGAGGAAGUUCAGCACCGGUUGGCGCGUUGUACUAACGGAUAUAGCACAAUGGUAAGCACACUAGCUUACUACGUUGAAUAUUGUGGCGAUAUCCAUGGACUAAGGCCCACGAAAAACAUAAAACUGUGCGUCCGCUCCUCUAAUGCAAUUAGUAAUGUCAUUAAAUCAUGUACUUUGAUGCAACAUUAGAAAUUCGGCGUACAUAGAAA